AAGGGGAAACAAUAAUAAUAAUAUGAGACAAUGGAACAUAACCAAGCUAGUGAUGCAGAUCUAAACAUGGAUGAAUGAAUGAACAUUGAAAUUUCCAUUGCACUUCACCUCUUUGAACCACUUGUAGAUCUUGUUGCAGCAGUGGCAUCAACAUCACAAGUCUCACAACACAACCAUGAUGAAUGGUAGGAAUGGGAGGGAGUCUCUGCUUGGAUCCCUCAACCACCACCACAGAAGAAACCACACCUUCAAUAAUGGUGGCGGUGUCGCCACCAACAAUGAAGAAAACCUCGAUCUCUUCUCCAACAACCGCCGUUCUCUCUCUCUGGCUUCUUCUGAUGACUCUUCUGACGUUUCUGUGAAAUUGGGGAGGCUCUCACUUGGGGCGGCGAAACCGGCGAGAAGUGGGAUGGAAGAUCUGUUAUCAUCUGCAGAAGGAGGAAAGCAUGAUUAUGACUGGCUUCUCACUCCCCCGGGGACUCCUGUUUUUCCUACAUCAGAAGGUGAAUCCCAAUCAACGAUAGUGCCUCCAAGAAGAAGUAUGAGUAGAUCAACUUCUACCACUAAGGCCUCGAGGCUUUCGGUCUCGCAAUCAGAGAGCAACAAUCACUCUAGACCAGCAAGAAGCAGUUCUGUGACUCGCCCUUCCAUCUCCAGCUCACAGUCACAAUACAACACUUAUUCUUCAAACAGAUCCCCCUCCUCAAUCCUCAACACAAGCUCUGCCUCAGUUUCAUCUUACAUCAGACCAUCUUCUCCUGUAACCCGCUCUACAUCUUCAGCAAGGCCUUCCACUCCCUCCUCCCGCUCCACACCAUCACGAUCCUCAACACCCUCUAGAGCACGCUCAGUUUCCACCACCACCUCCUCCGCUGACAAACACAGACCAUCAUCACAAAGCUCUAGGCCAUCCACUCCUAGUUCUUCUAGGCCUCAGAUUCCUGCAAAUUUACAUUCCCCAUCUGCACCUCCGACUCGGUCACUGUCCCGCCCUUCAACUCCCACUCGUAGGAGCUCAUUGCCAUCUCCAUCUUCAUCUCCUUCCCUCACAACAGGCUCUUUAGCUUCAGCUGGACGUGUUCCAUUGAGUGGUCGCAGUUCAGCACCAUCAUCAAGGCCAAGCUCACCAAGCCCGCGAGUCCGGCCCCCACCACAGCCAGUUGUUCCAUCUGAUUUCCCCCAUGAUACGCCACCUAACCUUAGAACAACAUUGCCUGAUAGACCUCUCUCUGCAGGCAGGUCCCGUCCCGGUGCUUCCACUUUAAAGGGGAACCAUUCCGAUCUUCAAGCCUCAGUUAAUAUGCCGAGGCGACCUUCAUCUCCUGUUGUCAGUAGGGGGAGGUCCACAGAACCUGCCAGCAAAAGCCGUGGCUAUGCCAAUGGCCACCAUGCUGAUGUUCAUGAACCAAGGAGAGUUCCACAUGCUCCUGAAGGAGUUUCAAGGAAACCUGUUAAGGCCUCAACCACUACCAGUGACAACUCCGGAUUUGGAAGGACAAUCUCAAAGAAAUCAUUGGAUAUGGCUAUUAAGCACAUGGAUAUAAGGAACAGCUCAGGUAAUGUUCGCUCACUAUCAAGCACCACACUCUUUCCCCAGAGUAUUCGGAAUUCCACUUCCAAGAGCCAGUCUCACAGAGUUUCAAGUGCUCCAGCGUCUUAUGACAUGAAUGGAAGCCAUUUAACCCAUAACAAUGGAGCUAAUUUCGAUGCGAGAAACGGUGCGAAUAGAACUAUGACAAGAGGAAGAGAGGUAGAUCAAAGACAAUACUCAGCAAAACUCAGUGAAGUGGACAUCUAUGAGAGUUCUCGUUACGACGCGCUAUUGCUUAAAGAAGAUUUGAAGAACACAAACUGGCUGCAUAGUGCUGAUGAUAAAUGUGACGAAGCUUCCAUAUUUGAUAACGGAUUUGAGCACCUCCCGGAACCUUUUGGUCUCCUAUAGCAUCUAAAGAGGUUAUGCUUGGUGCUUUUGUAACAUGCUAUUUAUGUUCUGAUUAUCAUCUCAAUUUUUUUGAAAGAUGGGAUAUUUCAAAUCAGUGGGUUUUUAACUUUGAUCUCACACCAGCACAAACACUGCAGGAAAAAGAUUAUUACAUGAAUCUGGUCCAAUUUUUUUUGGAUGGAUGAGAAUUUUCAGAAAUGAAUUAUAUGUGUCUGUGCAUACCCAAAAUGUACUACUUUAAGAACAUAGAGAUGUGAUGUUUUAUGCAGACAAUAGAGUAUUUAUUUUCCUCUUGGCAAAUGGCAAUGAACACUAUAGUAUAGUUGAUGUUU